AUGCGGUCUUUCGCCCAUGAGACGGCUGUCCAGAGCGUAGAAAGCUCCAUGGCCCGCAAUCCUCGCAUCCAGGCUGCCCUAGCCGGUCGAGGAUGCAACUGUUCUCAACGAAUUGAGCAUGAACGGUUCAAUCGAAAUUAUGCAUCUUGCCAGCUGUGCUGCUCUGACAUUUUGUUGAUGGCGACAGCUGAUUCGCUUGGCCCCGGUCAAAGUCGGUCACCAGAGAGUGUUUCUGCCAGAAACCUCGGCUUCAAGCCUCUCUUCCGUCCUGGGCAUGGUUGCUUCGUCUUCGUUCUCCCUGAGGGCCAGGACCGCAAGAGUACCAAGCGCAAGACGUGGGCGCCACACAAUGCGCUGUUUUCUGUGGCGACUGGCUACCCACCUUGA